GUCACGUGCGUAAACAUUUGCACGACUCUUGGAUUUGAAAGCCUCGACGUGUCGCGUGUUUAUGUGAGCUGUUCGGUUGAAACCUCAAGUUAUCUGUUCUCUAGCCAGCAUGAAUCGCCCAUGCAGCGUCGUGGGCUGUGAACCCAGCGACUGGCAUCACGAAAAGCGGCGACAUCGAGCGCCCCCGCAACAGGGCGGCAGGCGGACGGAGUGGCUGCGGCGCAUAGGACUCCCGGAGUCCGAUUCGCGUCAGGACCUGCGCGUUUUCGGCCGCCACUUCACGCCGGAAGACUACAGCCACAAUUUUGGGUUGAUGCAGCAAUUAGGCAUCACCAUGUCUAGAUUUUUCCUCAGUGCUGAGGCACUGCCAACCUUGUUCCUUCCCAACCCUAAGGAAUCCGUGAAGAAACGUGUGCGCCGGCCAGCCUUGAAGACAACAGCCGCCCAGGCGACACCGCAAUUCCGUUCUGUUGGUAAGUGGUCCGUGCGAUUCGGAAAUUACUCACGCUUGCAGCACAGCUGCAAAGAAGUUGGCUCAACAGAAUAUGCAUGCAAGUACUAAAAUUUAGUACCAAGUGUUAUUGAUGAGAAAAAUUUACUACCAAUUAUUGAU